CAUUGACAAAAAGUCAGACGCCGGUUUGAUUCUGGUGUGUGAUCAAUCUGUUUUGUUUUGAAACUCAAGUCGUCCAACAAAAUGUCGUACUGUUCGUGGUUUGGCGGAGAGAAGUACCGGGAUACGUUUGACUCAGGUAUAUAUGUAUGCUCCAAAUGUAGCUAUGAACUAUUCUCCAGUAAAACCAAAUAUGAGCACAACUCACCUUGGCCAGCAUUUACAGAGACUAUACACAAGGACAGUGUAUCAAGAAGACGCGAGUCAGCUAAUGCCAUUAAGGUGUCUUGUGGUAAAUGUGGCAAUGGUUUGGGUCAUGAAUUCCUAGGUGAUGGUCCUAAAGCUGGGCAAUCAAGAUUCUGAAUAUUCUCAUCCUCAUUGCAGUUUAAACCAAAUAAAGAUAUGGCUGAAACUGUCAAUGGGUCAAAGUAAGGAGACUUUGCUGUGAAUGCUUACAUGAAACCCUGGAAAAAAAGUCUAGUUUUGUAUUGCAUGAAAGAAACUAUGUACAAAAAAACUGUUAUGAGAUCUUCCAUGUGGAUGGCAGUGACAACACACUAUAUAUGUUAUUCUCACAACUGCUGCACCUCGUUCUCCGAUUACAGUAGAUUUAUCUGUGUCUUUGGAUUUGUAGAUUGAUUAUCAGUGGGAAGUAUCAUAUUUGCUCUAUUAGAGCAUGGAAGGAACGGAUUAGAGCAUGUGCUUACUAUAGAAUACUUUAUUUUCGCUUAGAAUUAAUUUUUGCUAUUUUCGGUGAAAAUAAAAUCCAAUGAACAUGCCGUUGUUCCUAUAUUCCUACAUUCAACUCGUCAAAAAUCAGUGAAAAUAAAUUCCAUACAAAACACCCUAUUCUCUAGACUAUUCAGCGAGAAUUAAUUCCAGCUAAAAUAAAGUAUUUUACAGUAUGUAAAUAACAGAUCAGUCUACAGUCCAAAUUACCGGUAUGUCUUAUUUCAAUGAUCUAGCAUUCAAUUUUGGGUGUGUGUGCUUCUAAUCAAGUACAUACUGUAAUCAUGACAAAAUGCAUCAAUGUGGAAUAAAGCUAUGAGUAUGGACAACCAAUUUGAUGAAAACUUUAAAUUUUUCAGGGAAAAAAAUGUUGCAUACCAUCACACAGCAUGAUCAGAGUAUGCUGAAUGGCGCCCUCUACAAUCAUUUACAAUUACCAUCAAUAUGCCAGCAUUUUAAUACAAUACAAUUUCUAUGCAUUUGAAUGUAUUUUUAACCAAAAGAAUAUUUUGGCAUUAUUGGAGUAUCAAAGAGGCUAGGUGCUCUUUGUAUCACAUGUAUUUAGAAGGGCCAGGCACACACAGAGAUGAAAUGUAAAAUUGUUCUAUAGUGCAUGCUUUGGGUUCUGUAUUUAAGAUGUUAUACAAGACAGACAAGUUUUCAGGGUUUCAUGUCUUAAGAUUAUGCACUAGUCAUCUUAGCAGACAAUACUAAUCACUCUUAUUUCAAUUCUUAUAAUGUGAUUUAUAUUCAAGUUCAGUUGACUAGUGUAUCGUCUAAGGUGUGUUAUGAAUGCAUUGGCACUGUGUUAUAGUAUUCCUGUCUAAUCAAUGAGGCGUUCUCGUCGAAACCCCACAUGGGGAGACGGGUGCUGCUGAUGUUUAAGUGACGUGCUAUAAUUCACUGCUUGACUUUUCAUAACAUAUCCUUAUUUUUAAUAUUUAAAAACAAAAAUCGUUUAUCCAAGAGUAUAAAAAUGUAAUAUUAACUAAAGCUUUCAAGUUUUUCCAUACUGGUGUGUGUGUAUGUUAUCUGAAAAACCAAUCCAAUUGCUGACAUUUUUACAAAUGUCAAUGCAAUGCAGUGUUUCAAUUUUCUAUUUAGACUCUUCAUUCAUGCAAUUCAAUUUGUGCAAUUAAGUACGCAUGAAACCUCUUUCUAAGCUUUCUUUUUGGUGCUACAGCGUAUGGAAAAAUGAUUGUUACAUAACACAGUAAAUUGGUUUAGAAUUAAUCCAUGAUUGAUUUACAAACAUUGUAAGGAUGGGAUCCAAGGAUGUUCAUUGACAUCUAGUAUGGGUUGCAAAUACUAGUAUUGACUCGACCCUCGUUUGUACCAAGAGUUCAUUACUAUGGGUUUGAACUAAAAUCAUAUGUAAUAAAAUAAUUUCAUUAGCAGAUAUUUUUUGUAAUUCACAAUUGUGAAGUGUUUAAUGUGAUUCAUGUUUGUAAAUUGGUUACUUAGUACUUAACAUUUGUAGGGAGACAAUUCCAUCAAAUUCACUCAAAUAAUGUUGCUAGAUAAGCAGUUUUAGAUUUUAUUUGUGAAAUUUAAAGAGUUCAUACAAAUGGAUAAUCUGCUAUUUGGUAGAAUUAAUUUGAAUUGGUGUAAUUUUUAAAAUGUUUAUUUACAAGACUAAGUGUUGGCCACCAUUAGGGAAUAUUAUUACUAUCCAGAAUUGUUGGUUACACAUUGUCAGUCAGAGAAAAUUGGGGCUGUUUGAAUGAAUUUUUGAGCCAUUACAAAUUCUUUUCAAGUGUUUUAUUGUUGUUUAGUUAUUAUAAUCAGAACUAUCAAUGGAUUGUGAAUUUACACAUUUCAAUAUUUGUAUCCUGGAUGUGAUAAUAAAAUUGAUAAUCAAAGU